AUGAAUGGCUCCAGGUGUUUGCUGAACGCCGGACCGCACGCAGGCGCCAUAGACGACCUGCUACCCUCGCUGCCGGACCCGUACGACGACGAUGGGUCGGCGGCUCUGCAUGUACACACUACUGUAAGAGCAGACGGCGCGGGCGCCGUCUGCUCUUCCCUGCUGCUAGACGACGACGCUGAAGACGCUAACGACGCUAACGACGCUGACGCUGACGCUGACGACGAAAACAAUAGCAUGUCGCAGGACCUGUCCAGGGCGCUGGAGAUGUCUUCGUUGUGCUCCAGCCCGCCCGCCCGGGAGCGCCACCGCAGCUCCGUCAGCACGAUCUCCUCGAUCCUCCUCCGCCCGGGGAGAGCCGACCCGGACGAGACGGCCAGGAGCCUCAGCGUCCCUGCCCCUGCGGAGCACGAGCGGCCGGGCUUCUUCGCAAAGGCCUCCAGCAUCUUCUUCCGCAGAAACAGCACGCCCAGAGAUCAGCACACCCAGGCCGUCCCGGGAACCGUUAGCCGCCAACGGCCUCAACCGGCCCUCCCGGCGGCUAAAUCCGCAGCCGCCGACUCCCUGCGCCACCAGCAGCAGCUCGAGGACGGACUGUACGCCCGGGUGAUCGCAAACUUCCGCGCCAUAGGGUGGUGCUCCUCUCGCGAAAUAGAGUCGGUGGAAUAUAAACGGUCUUUGAUCAAUGCGCAGUGGGACGAGAAGAUCUCGCUCUUGUCGCACGCGCAGUGCUAUAAAUAA